CUACGGUAGAACGGACCCUGCAUUAUCGUAUUCCUACGAACAGCCUGAUGUUUGUAGACUCUACCUUGCAGAAAACAGGGCUUAUGUCGUCAGCCCAUGCUUCUGUGCGGAACAACGGAAUUGAUGCCGUAUUGGAAGUCAGUGGACCUGAAGGUUCAUGGUGUUUGGAAUUGGGGAUUUAUGCACUUAAUCACUCCGCACCCCGAGUCUUUUCACUGCCGUUACGCCUAUUCCCUCCUUCAUUUCGUACUGCUGACCGUGGGAAUUCAGUAUGGUUUCUAGGCUGUCAAUUCACUCGCUGUCAACUCACUCGCUCCCUUGCCUUCUAUCUCUUCUUUUAACUCUUUCUCUGAGUCCACUCACAGCAACGGCAGCUGAUGAGUGUCAACCAUCCACAUGGGCGUCAGCUGGCCGCAUGCGUCGGGCCGUGGUCACACCAACCGCAGUUGCCAGCUCAAGCCUGACUGUGGCAAACGUGGGCACUGUCGAACCGGGGCAGAUAAACUGCCAGUAUUGGGCAACCACAAAAAGCAGCGUCAACUACUACACAUGCACUGAUCUCGCCGAAAAGUACGGGAUUAGUGUCGAGGUGUUCUUUCAGCUCAAUCCUGAGGUGGACGCCGGUUGUGGAAACAUCCAGCCGAAAACGAAGUACCGGGUUGAAGGAUUCAUCGAGCCGCCAAGAGCCACUGAAGGUCUCUGCGGGCCGCCGAAUAAUAAUGCUACUUGUCUUGGUACCGAAGUUCAGUGCUGCAAUUCAGAGACGUGGACUUGCGGAGAUGCUGAGGAGGACUGUGCGCCUGACACCUGUUACGAAGGCGCAUGCGUUGGUGACACGGUCUACAGCACUGAUGGAACCUGUGGGUAUCAGCAUGGAAACCGCCUUUGCGCUGGAAAAUGGGGGGACUGCUGCAACAUAGAAGGAGCAUGCGGCACCGGGUCUGAGUUUUGCGGUCUCGACGUGUGCCAGUCCGGCAAUUGCACAAGGCCAACUACACCGACACCGAGUUCGACGCCGUCAGGAGACACACCAGAUGGAACAUGCGGAGGAACAAAGGGUUACGUCUGUAACGUCGUAUAUGGCAAAUGUUGCAACAGAGACGGUUUCUGCGGUGUUCUGCCAUCUGACUGUGGAUCUGGCUGUCAACCAGAGUUCGGAGAGUGCUCGUCGAAGUCAUCUUCACGGACCACGAUGAGCAUACCUGUCACUUCCUCGCGAUCAUCCGGUACCACACGAUCCAGUCUUCCCACUACAACUCCAAGCAGUACCAGGACACCUUCGUCUACGGGCCGUACCACGAGAAGCGCCACAGUAACAGGAAUCUCUUCACUUCCUUCCUGUGGACAAACCUGCUUCAAAAAUAUGCUCGCCCCAUACUCGGCAUUGGGUUGCGCCUCCCCCGACCCGGCCUGCCUCUGCAGAAACGUCAAUUUCAGCUAUGGAAUCCGGGACUGUUCGAAUGGAGCCUGCGGUACCCAAGUAGCCAGUACUGUGAUUGCCUUUGGGUCCUCGUACUGUUCGUCUGCAACUGCUAUACCCACCCCUACAGUGAGCGGUAUAGCUGGUCUCCUUUCUUGUGGGCAGACAUGCUUCAACAACAUGAUGGCACAGUACUCUGCGCUUGGAUGCGCUAGCCCUCAGCCUGCCUGCCUCUGCCGUAAUGUCAAUUUUGGAUAUGGCUUGCGGGAUUGUUCGAAUGGUGCUUGUGGUCCCGCGGUCGGCAGUACGGUGAUUUCCUUUGGAAGUUUGUUCUGUGCGUCGGCAACUGCAGCCCCUUGAGUAAAUUAUUCAUGGACAACUGUACAGAGACUUCGAUGUCUAGUCAUGUAGGACUAGUGUGCUUUGACUGGGUCAAGUGAGCAG